AUGGGCUCAGAUUCAAAAACAGGCUCAAGUUCGGGCAAGCCGUCCGUAGGAGGCAAAGCCGCACAAUCUGCACCCUCCAUCGCUUCCAAAUCGUCAAAAGGAGCAGAGGCCUCACAGCACGCACCCAGCACGCACAAUAUGGCGACCAUCGCUGAUGACGACGACCGACUGCUUGCCCGCAUCGGAUACACUCCAGUUCUUCAACGCCAUUUCUCAAGAUGGUCGACUGUAUCCUACGCAAUCUCGAUUCUUGGUGUGCUGGGCUCCGUUCCUGCAACGUUUGGCAGUCCAGUGGGCUCAGGGGGGCCAGCAACCGCAGUGUGGGCGUGGAUGAUUGGCAGUAUCAUGGCCUACUGCAUUGCCAGCUCAGUUGCUGAGUUGGUAUCGGCCUAUCCCACCGCUGGAGGAAUGUACUAUGUCACGAAACACGUAGUGCCCAAGGACCGCGUGGCACCUUGGGCGUGGAUCGUGGGUUGGUGCAACUUCCUUGGUCAGGCUGGCGGCGUGGCAAGUCUUGCCUACACCAUUUCCCAGAUGAUUCUCGCAACUGCUGUCAUGCACUCUGCCCAGGACAGCAACGGCGUGCCGAGCUUCGCCCCGACCUCCGUCCAAACGGUCUUGCUCGCGAUUCUCAUCCUGUGUUUGUUUGGCACCAUCUGCUCCUUCCCUACGCUCUGGCUCCACAAGGUCAUUCUGUGGUUCGCCCCCAUAAACAUCCUUGCUUCGAUUGCGAUUUGCAUUGCUCUCCUCGUUCUCACUCCCGAAAAACAGAGCGCCAAGUGGGUCUUCACAGAGUUCACAGAUGGCUCUGGUUGGGGCAGCAAAGGAUUCUCCUUCCUUCUAGGUUUCCUCUCGGUUGCAUGGACUAUGACAGAUUACGAUGGUACCACUCACAUGUCGGAGGAAACGCACGAUGCCGCGAUUCGAGGCCCCGUCGCAAUUCGGGCUGCCAUCCUCGUGUCCGGUGUAGUUGGCUGGAUGCUAACCGUUACCUUCUGCUUCUGCAUGUCAGACUACGACGGAAUCAUGGCUACACCAACCGGACUUCCCGUGGCACAAAUCUUCCUGAACGCUGGUGGCAAAACGGGAGGAACGGUCAUGUGGUUCUUUGUGAUCCUAGUCCAGUUCUUCACCGGUUGUUCUGCGAUGCUGGCCAACUCGAGGAUGGCCUGGGCUUUUGCUCGUGAUGCUGCGUUUCCAUUUUCGGAUUUCUGGGCCAAAGUAAACAACGUCACCGACACGCCCAUCAAUUCCGUCUGGCUCGUCGUGAUCUUCUGCAGCUGCCUAAACAUGAUCGGUAUCGGCAGCACCUUGACCAUUCUGAGCAUUUUCAACAUCACCGCUCCGGCGCUCGACAUCAGCUACAUUGCCGUCAUUAUCGCGCACAGAUGGUACGAAGGAAAAGUUCAGUUCCAUCCAGGUCCAUAUACCAUGGGCCGAUGGAGCAAGCCAGUCAACGCGGUUGCCGUUACAUGGGUAUGCUUUAUCAGCGUGAUAUUGUUCUUCCCCACGGCAAGACCAGUCACGGCUACAAAUAUGAAUUACGCAAUCUGCGUAGCGGCCUUCAUUGGAUUCUUCAGUAUGAUCUGGUGGUAUGCCGGGGCACGCAAACGGUACACUGGACCCCGCACAACAGACAUAAUCGAUGAAUUACCACAGGAAGAUCCGCGGGAUAUCCGUCGUGAUAUCUUGGGUGACUCCAACUAUUACGAGCCCUGA